AAUAAAAAUAAGGAUAGGUGUGAGGUGGGGCGCAUCACUCAAUCCGGGAGAAGAGACUGAAGAGAGUGAAAGGAUGUCAUGAAAGGACACCAUCAAUUAUAGAAUUUAGCAGAGUUGCCUUUCACUGAAUAUCUAAUUCUCUCCAAUUUUAGAAAAGACAUGGUGUCUUUAAAGUUCUCUUUAGGGUUCAUCUCUCCAAAACCCGUUUGUCACAAUUCUUCUCCUCCGUUUCUGACAAUUGUGACAAACGUCAUGCACCUUUCUGUAAUUUAACUCACAUGUUUUAUUCCUGUUCAUUACUCCAUAGUUUUGAUUGAUACUCUCAGUUGUCAUUAAACCGUCUCCCCAUGUUGCCAUAUUUGGACUCCCAGUUGACUACAAACAGCUCACUUCUAACCAGUUGGAUAUUUUAGCAUUUACUUCCUUAUUGGCAAGACACCGACUUCUUUUUCAUAUGAAAUGAACUAAUCCACCCUCUAGCGAUAAGUGGCUUAAACGGUAUGAGUGAAAGUCGAGCACAGAUUGAACUUGUAUGAAUUUUCUUAAGAGCAUUCAUUGUUCCACCAGUCCUCUCCCAAACUUAGACCCAGUUCCAGCUCCCAAGCCGCCUUGACCUUGGUAAUGGGUGAAGAAUCAAAAGACAGAAUUUCAUUGUAAACUUUUGAGAUAUAUGACCUUUGAAGAGGAGCCCAGCUCAGAAACAUCUCCCACUGCAAGUCCGGCAGCCUGGAAGGAAAACCGGGAAACAAAACUUUGGCACGGUGCCUAAUUUGAAAGUACCGGAAUAGGUGAGAAGAAGGGAGAUGAAAUUCUUGUGAAAGGUCUGUGAAGCUGCGAUAGAUGCCUUCUUUGUAAAUAUAAUUAAACAUGUCAGCCCUUUAUUACCCCAUGAUGGAAAGGUUGAAUCUGUGAGUGCUGGUUAAAACAAGUGAUUCUUCAUUAAAAGUGUAGAUGCUGAGUUAAAUUUGAAGUGCCUCCUAAACUGUCACCAAGUCUUUAAUGCUAGAUUGUUUGUGAAGCCAGAGGGGUUGGAUGUAAUGGGGGAAGUGAGAAGAGCAAUUAGUGAGGAUAGGGAGUACGGUUGUCCCUCUAACUUGCAUGGACGAGGUUAUUUCCCAUUAAAAGCAGAAUAUUUUAAUAUUUAAAGCCUGCCUUGUGAUUUGUGAAAUCUUGUUUGAGUUGAAGGGCCACAUUGGUGCUUUCACAAAGCACUUUGGCAACCACACUCACUGUCUUGCACUUCCUCUGUCGUUGUUCAGUGGUACCAAUUUCAACAGUGAAAACCACGAGCACCAUAAAAAGCACGUUCACUCCAGAUAACGUAUCAGUUCUUCAAGUGACUCUUCAGGUCCCCCUACCACCUGCAGCUGAGCAGAGAGCCAUGCAUCCUGUUUACGCCAACGAAGCGCCCCCUGGACAGCCUGGGGGUCCCACAGGAGUUCAGCACACCGUAGUGAACGUCCCCACUGAGCCCACAAAAGAUUAUCUGGUCUGGUCGCUGUGCAGCUUCGUCUACGCAAAUUUUUGCUGUCUCGGAUUGGGGGCUCUCAUCCAUUCUGUCAGGGCCAGAGACCACAAGGCGCUUGGGGAUCAGGAUGGAGCCCAACGUCACGCCUCCUCCGCUCGCAUUUUCAACAUUGUGGCCGUGACCCUGACGUCUUUAGCGGUCUUUAUUUACAUUGUGGUGUUCAUUGCUGGGAUUGCACGAAGUUCACGCUAGGGAUCCUACAAUCUUGAUUAACCAACUUUCAUAUUGUAUGAGGAGGAUUUGAUCUGCACCAUGUCUUGGUUGUUGUUCUGCUUUUGCUCUGGUGCCAAAAUAAAACAGUUAAAGUCUGCUUAUGUCAAA